AAGCUGUCCACAGAGAGGAGAAGCACAUCGAAGGCAAGGAGUGCAGCACUAGCAGCUCUGGACCUAACACGCAGUACAGGCAAUAUUUGCGAGUUUGGGAGCAAUUUUCCAUACAUAAUACCCUUUUCCCCCCUCCCCUCCCUCAAUAUCCCGUUCCCAGCCAAUCAUAUACACAUCCUUUCCCCCCUAGCUGCCCAGAUUUCUUUUCCAGAGUAUCAAAUUUCUCCCGAGAAUUCGAAACACGGUAGAAUUCCGCUUGGCCCCCAUUCUAGACACAGGGAACGCGAAAUGUCUGAACGGGGCUCCUUUCGCGGAGGCUUCUCUCGCUCUGGCGGCCGGGGCGGCGGAGGGCGCGGCGGGCGAGGUGGAAGAGGUGGCGGUGCAGCUGGUGGCGGUGCAGGCUACCAGCAGCAACAACAGCAGCAAGGCCAGCAGCAGGAGAAACCGAAGAAGGAGAACAUCCUGGACUUGACCAAGUAUAUGGACAAGGAGGUCCAUGUGAAGUUCAGCGGUGGAAGAGAAGUUACUGGCACCCUUAAAGGGUACGACCAACUCAUGAAUCUCGUCCUCGACGAAGUAAAGGAAACCAUGCGUGAUGACGAGGGCAACGAGACAACCCGCUCUCUAGGCCUGAUUGUUGCACGUGGAACGCUGCUAGUCCUAAUCUCCCCUGUGGAUGGAAGUGAAGAGAUAGCCAAUCCUUUUGUACAGCAAGAGGAAUGAGCAAAAAGUCUGGUGAUCUAGGAGACAUUUAUUGCUACCUCAUCCGCACAAUUUUUCGUGGACGCAUUUCGAUGCGAGCUGGGAGCCAACGGUAGAUGUGAGGAAAAGUGGCCACUUAUAGGACAGAUACAGGUAGAUUUGUUUCCACUUUAGUGGUGGCCUAUGCACUGUUCCGGAUUAUUGCAAUUCGAGAAACGCACCGGAGUUGUACAGCGCACAGGUGGAGAUAGGCCUAUGAUUGGCUAUCAUGAUGGUACUCCUGAAGCACAAAAUAGGAGUGGUGACAGAGAGAAUUUGGAGUAAACAAUGGCAAUCAACUCAGUGUGCAACAUGCGAUUUUUGGGGCCCUGUAAAGUCACCGACAAAUCAUUAAUUAAGUAUCUGAUGCCAG